CAACUAGUCGGUUGGUUCAUUUGUGAAAAUGGCUGCGAUUCGUUUGGUUUGCCUUGCCGUGGUCUUGGUCCUUGGACUUGGCCAAGCAUUGGACUUCUCCAAGGUCAAGGAUGUGCCUGUUCUGGUCAAGACUCUGAAGAACUUGAACCGCGGUCCACCACAGCAGGUGGUGACUAAGCGCGCCAAUGUCGAGGAGAAAUGGAUCACCCAAAAGUUGGAUAACUUUGACGAUAGCAACACCGCAACCUAUCAGAUGCGUUACUUGAUCAACGAUGAGUUCCAAACGGAAGGCAGUCCCAUUUUCAUUUAUUUGGGCGGCGAGUGGACCAUCGAGUCGAGCAUGGUCAGUGCCGGCCACUGGUAUGACUUGGCCCAGGAGCACAAGGGAGUCCUGGUGUACACCGAGCAUCGUUACUACGGCCAGAGUGUGCCAACCACCACCAUGUCCACUGAGAACCUGCAGUACUUGCACGUGAAACAGGCCUUGGCCGAUGUGGCCAACUUCAUCACCACCCUCAAGUCGGAGAACGCUCAGCUGGCCAACUCAAAGGUGGUGUUGGCCGGAGGUUCCUACUCGGCCACCAUGGUGGUCUGGUUCAAGCGUCUCUACCCCGACCUCGUUGUCGGUGGCUGGGCCUCCAGCGCUCCUCUCCUGGCCAAGGUCGACUUCACCGAGUACAAGGAGGUGGUGGGCAGGGCCUUCCUCGAGCUGGGCGGCCAGCAGUGCUACGAUCGCAUCCAAAACGGCAUCGCCGAGCUGGAGUCCUUGUUUGCCAACAAACGUGGCGCGGAGGCCAGGGCCAUGUUGCGUUUGUGCAACAGCUUUGAUGACCAGAACGACUUGGACCUGUGGUCCCUGUUCAGCAGCAUCUCGAACAUUUUCGCCGGUAUCGCCCAGUACCAAAGUGGUAAUGACAUCAACGAUUACUGCGACUACCUACUGAGCUUCCGUGAUGAUGCCACGGCCAUUGCCAACUUGGUUUACUGGGCCUUUGGUGUUCCCACUUGCAUUGAUGCCACCUACGCCAGCUCAGUGGAGUACUACUUGUGGAGCGUGGAAAACUUUGACGCUGGUCGUCCUUGGUAUUACCAGACCUGCAAUGAGUACGGAUGGUACCAGAGCUCCGGCUCCAGGAAUCAGCCCUUCGGCACCAAGUUCCCCGCCACCCUGUACACCACCCUGUGUGGCGAUGUCUUCCACUCGCGGUAUGGCAACGAAUUCAUUAGCAGCAAUGUGGCCCAGACCAACGUAGACUUCGGCGGCUUGGAGCCCGGAGUAGAGAAUGUCUACAUGACCCACGGAGCCCUUGAUCCCUGGAAUCCCAUGGGUCACGGAGUGGCCGAGGGAGCCACAGUCAUCGCCAACGCCUCCCAUUGCUCGGACUUUGGAUCGAUCAGGUCCACGGAUUCCGCAGAACUGAGAGCCUCUAAGGAAAAGCUCGCAGAGUUGGUGCGCGAAUGGUUGGCUUAAAUAUUUUCAAAAAAAUUUUACAUUUUCAAUUGAUUAAAAACCAAUAAAUAAAAACAAUA